GUAAUCUGUAAGUCAACCAUUUUAGAUUUAGUGUUGUUAUUGCGCCACAAUACUCGCAGUGAUGGAUGUCAUUUGGAGAGGAUACUGCACUUUUGUUCUCACAACACUUGUUUUUCAAGAAGUUACAGGAUUCCUGAUCAGGAAUGAAGAGCUGAGAAAGUGUGUACAGGUAAAUGAAGGUCAGGUCAGCAGCAGGUUAACCCUGCAAGAGUGCAGAGCUGAUUCGGCUCUGCAAGAGUGGCACUGGAAUCCUGAGACACGCUCCCUCAGCAACCCACAGACAGGAGGGUGUUUAACUGCACCUCAGAUCCAGGAGCAUGAGAGUGUUUGGCUGCAAACUUGCAGCUCUGAGGAGGAAGAUCGUGAGGGCCAGACCUGGAGCUGCUCUAAAAAGGGUCUCCUGACGUUACACGGCAAGGGUCUGCACCUGAGCAUACGUCACGAUUCCUCCAAGGUCUUCCUUUCCAAAGAUCGUGGGAAAGGCAGCAAGUGGAGGACGCUGGCAAAUCAAACGGUAUGCGAGGAGACAGACAGCACACAUCACGGCCAGAAUGUGUUACAAGAUUCUCAGCAGACACUUUCGACUGGACCCCGAAUCCUCACACAAAUUCGAUAUUGGCAUUCUGGGAAUAAUGACCAGACCUCCAUAUUAAAGUCCACUGAAGCAACACAGACAUCAGAUGCAUCGGCUGAACCUCAAAGUAGCAUGGAGCCUGAUGGACCUUCUGUUAAUGUGUUUACAACAGACUAUGGAACAGGCUGGAAAAUGACAAUGUUGCUUCUAAGCAGCUUGGCCCUGUUACUUGGGCUUGUGAUCCUUACUCUUAACAUCUACCAGAACAGGAGGAAGAAGACUGUGGUGGUGCUGAAAUCCUACACUCCGACAGGAGAGGCCAGUCUGCCAGGGUCCCCGGUGCCUAGUGAGAGAGCCCCUCUAACCCGACACCCUAUGAAAACUGCUCAGUCUCCCUCCAUCCAGCGAGGCGAGAUCCUUGUUGAAUGGAAAGAUGGAACAGUCACCCCACUGUUUGAAACAUAUCUGACUGACUAAGUGGUGUCUUAUAGAAGAAGUUGCUUUGAGUAACUUGCGUAUUGUUCCCAAGCAAACUGACAGACCUGCAUUGGUGGCUAAUUAAUUGUGAUUGAGCAAUAAUUUUUCAAAAUAGGGAAGGGAAUCCAGGGAAUCACUGCCAAUUCCGUGAUUAUUGCCAAUUUCCAUGUAUUUAUUUGAUAUGCAGCUGUGGGAUAAAGUUAUUGCAAGAAAAUAAAGAUACAGUCUCACAGUCAUUAUCACAACUUUAGUAACAGUAUAUUGAUCAGGACUCAGAAGUCUCUGUCUUCUUGCUUAAAAUCAUUU